AUGGCGGAAGGUGGCGAGGAUGAUCCGGAAAAUCCUUUUUCGUUUAGUAAAUUUGUCAAAAAGAAGAAAAAGAACACCCAAUUUUGUGAACAAGAAACUGAAAACAGAGAUAUUGAUGAUAUAUUUGAUUUGCCUGAUGUAUCUGUUUGUCAAAGAAGGGAAAAAACUUUGAUUGUCGCAGACGAAGAUGAAUCGGAGGAAUCUGGUGCGUCAUCACAGAAGAAGAAACAAGGGGCUGGAAAUCCAUUUUCUUUCAAACGCUUUUUGGCAACUCCUUCAAGUUCUUCAACAAGGUCGAGGAAUGUGGCUCCUGACUUUGCCAGUGACCUCCCCGACUUCGUACAGGAUCAUUUUACCGGUGAUGGUCGCGGAAAGACGAUACAUAUCACCAACAAUGAUCCUGACCUUCCAGAUGUUUCGUUAUCCAGCUCCCCAAGAGUGAACACUGAAGGAGAUUUCCCUGCAGAAGCUGCAGGGUUAGAUUCUGCGAACAGCCUGGAUAACAGUUUUAACAGUGACACGGAACCCGACAGUGUGUUGAGCCGAGUGAGGCUCCCGUCCAGAAUGCCUGACUUUCUCCCCGACGGUGUGGUUGGAGGUUCGGGGUUACUGAACGACGCAUACGAUGACUCUGCAUCUAAUCCGCUGUACGCGUCGAGGAACGUGUCCACGGUGGAGGUCAGCGGGGAUGUGGAGCUGGAACUCAGGAGGGUGCGAAAAGAGAAUGAAGACCUGAGACUGGAGUUGGAACAAGUGAAGCAUUUAGCUCAGUCGGAAUCCAACAGGGUGACUGAAUUAAUCAAGCGGAUGGAAAGACAGCACCAGAAAGAGGUAGAUGAGACAAAUGUGCUGGAAAGAGCUGUCAUGCAAGUGGAAGAAAAUCUUGUCACGACUACGCAAAGAGCAGUCCAAGCAGAAACGGCGGUAACGAGACUCAAACAAGAGAUAAAAACAUUACAGCAUCAGAUUUCUUCACUGCAAGCGGAGAAUAAAUUGCUGUCCUCGGGGGACCGGGGUUUGGCGGAAAUUCGAGAACGUACCAAAUACGCCUCAGAACAGUUAGCAAGUUCAGCCAAAAUAGGCGAACAGCAAAUAAAACAGUUACAAAGUGGUGUAGAAAACCUUCGACUGUUGUCACAAGUUUUAGCCUCUGUGGACAAAAUAAAAGACUACGUUCCACCAACCACUGAACCAACUGGAGAUACAUGAUGCAGUGCCUCGUACAAAAAGCCCAGUUUAAUUUAUUUUCUUAUAACUGUCAGUGUGUAUUCCUCAAGUAUUUGCAUAUCAAUUAUUAUUUAACAUGUAACUUGUUUUUCUACUCCAGGGUGUAUGCAAAAGUACUAGUCCAUUCGCCAAAUGCUAGUAGAAAUUCUGACCAACAAGUUAAAAAAAUUAACCAAUAGUCUGACAGGCAACUUGCAGAUCAAACCUCCAAUGAUGCGUUUGACUGUAAUUUUAAUAUUUAACACUACAGUACUUGUUACCUGAAUGACUGCACUAUGGGAUCAACUAGUCAAAGAGAGGACGAGAGAAAAACGUUAACACAAAAAAGUAAAAAUAAACUCAUCUGGGCCCGGUAACAUGAAGCACUCGUAACACUUACAUCAAACGUACACCAUACAUAAGGUGUGGUGUACGUCUGACGUAAGUGUUACGAGUGCUUUGUGUUACCAGGCCCUGCAUCCAAGAUGUGGCUUUUUAGGUUAUAAUUAACUGAUUGUUUAAUAUUUUUACCCUUAACAAAAUAAUUGUUUGUUCCAUACUGACACACUAUUAUAUGCAUGUCAGUAUAUUUUUAUUCUUAAUGUUUUAAGAGAAUAUAAAGAUCCAGUUAUUUAAAAAAAACAAAAAACAAUUGAUUUUUUAAAAAUAAAUUAUGUAGCAUAUUUGAGAUGUAAUAUGCCAAACAGUUACUGUAAGAUGAUGGUGCAAGAAUGUCCAUUCAUUGACAUAUAUAUUCUUUAACCAAGGUUUGAUCUUACAUACUGCAGGUGUGUGUGCAGGGGGAGAGAUUUGGGGGGUUUAAACCCUUACUUGCUCAAGCAGAUUUUCUUUUUUUUCAAUAUAUUUUCUGGAGGAGCAUGAUUCGACCCUCAACAUUUCAGUUGGUUUCAGUUUAAAAUAAUUCAUAAUAUACUUCCUGUUAAUACCUUCUUAUAUAAAAUUGGUUAUAUUUCUUGUCCGAAGUGUAAUUUUUGUAAUUUAGAACAUGCUACAAUUACCCAUUUAUUUUGGGAAUGCACUUUAGUCAACUCAAUUUGGAAUGAUAUUCAGAACUGGAUUAAUGUAAAAACGGGUAGCAAUAUUAAAUUUAAUAAAGAAAAUGUAAUUUUUGGCUUUAAAACUAGAAAUAAUGAUCCCAUUAAUGCCAUUGUACUUGUUACAAAACACGUAAUAUUUAAAAGUCAUUUUAAUGCAUAUGUACCCAGUUUGAAAUGGAUCCAAAAAGAGUUGACGGAGUACUAUUAUGUUACAAAAGCAGCGGCUUUUUCCGCGUGCAACUAUGAUAAAUUUACCAAAUUUUGGUCAAUUUGUCACAAUAUAUUUAAAACCUAGAUUGUAUUUCUUCUCUUCUUUUUUUUAUACUUAUUAUGUCCUUAGUCUCCUUUUGAUUUUUUCAUACAUGUAUGUCUGAUUGUCAGUCACAUAUAUUCGAUCUUAGCUAAAUAUCUCCUUUGCUACUUCGUUUUUUUUCAUGUGGAUCUUUUUAUCAUAUGUACUGUAUACAUCUGUGUGUGGAUAUCAUGUCAAUAAAAAUGGGAAUAAAAAAAAUAAAAAAAAAUGAUUCGACCCUCAUAUAAACUUUGCUAGUCACAGUCUAGACCCUCCCUGCAUACAUUCCUGCACAUGUGACUUUAACUGUUACAUGAACAUGUAUGCCAGACAUCUAGCUUUAGUUUUUACAGUUAAUAGGGUUUUUUGUCCCCCUAAUUUUAUGUUAUAGAAUUAUGUAGUGAUCUUUAAAACUGCAGAGCAAAUCAUGACGUGAUACUGAAUGAAAUGUUCUUUGUUUUAUGGUAGUUCUUUCUCUCAUAUUAUUCUUACUUUACCUGUUUCAAUCAGUAUCACUAUAAAGUGAAAAAAAUAUGGAACAGAAAAAAACGAGACUCAACAUAGUUUGAUUUCACUGAAGGAUCAGUGAAGUUUGUACUAAUAGUGUUAUUGGUUCACAGAGUGGUAGUAAAAUGUCUGGCUGAUCUCCGUGGUUUAGUGGAUAAGCUGCUAGACAAUCAACUGACGACAGUGGUUCAAAUCCCGUCAAAGCUGACUCACAUUUUCAUUCAUGUCUUAUCUAUCACCUUCUGCCUAUCAUUUUCAUUAUCUUAAUAUAGAAAACUUUCCAAUUUCUCCCACAAUUUCAAUAUGUUUCGACCCUGUCUGUCAAUUUCCUCUGACUCUGUCUUCUGAGCUGUCCACACCAUCACCUACCUAGCUGUCUCAACUUCCUCAACGGGCAUAGUUUCUGUGUACUUCCCUGCACCCAUCUGGCAUCCUCGUCCUCUGUCCUAAUA